UGCGCUCGGCUGGAAGCUUCGUUUUCCGUUUUCCGUUUCGGAUUGAGUCAGAUUGUGGAUGCUGCGUGGCUCGUGGUCCAUGGCCGUGUGAAAAGCUGCGUUGAGCGCAUUAAGUCGUUAGGGUACAACCAGACAGGACGCACUUACUCCGAGCUGCCGCCAUUCGCCUGCCUUGGCGUGUGUGUACCGUUAGUUCAGCUGUCCCGUGCAGAGAGGGAAAUUAGCGGGGAAGCCCCGACAUCGAACCGAAAUCGAAUUCAAAUCACAGCCAAAGUCAAAGUCACAGUAUCGCUGAGUAUCGAGUAUCGUAUGCAUAAAAACUUGCUGGCUAGUGCGUGAAGAAACUGCCAAAACAAAAAAAAAAAAACAAAAUAAAUACUCCAAUUCCCUCUGUGGCAGCUCCCGCGCGUCCAAGUGUGUGUAAGUGUCGUCUGUGCGUGUGUGCGUGCGUUCCCCCAAAACUUCAGAUCGAGUGUGUUCAUCAGCAACAAAUAAAUACAAAAAUUUAAAUAAAAUUGAAUAAUAUUCCAAAUGUUUACAAACGACAAAUAGAAAGUCGCAUUAAAUCAUAGCCAAUUAAAAAUGUUUGCUUAAACGAACCAAGCUAACAUCUUACAACUGAACGAAACAACGAUACUAAGCUGUACUACAAAAUAUAAGGAUCAACAACAAAAAUAAAAUCAACCAGAAUAACAACAACUGCUACCUAAGGUUUCUCAAAAUCCAACAAAAAAAAAAAAGAAAAACAAACUCAAAUAGAAAAUGAAAACCAUAUAAGCGACCCAGAAAAAGUGCAAAUUAUGUAAAUUAUUUCAAAGGAAAAACGCAAAGGGAAAACCGAAGAGCAAACGAAAGAGAAUUAGUCAAAUAAAAGCGACGGAAAAACAAAAAUCUGAAAAAAUAUCUGUGACCAGGAAGACCGGAAAUUAAAUCUGCAACGCGGAACCAAAGUGGAAGAGGAAGCAGAGCCACAAUCACAACCACAACCGCAGCAAAAUCCGAAGAAAGUCGACGGGAAACGCGUGCCAAAUAUUUGCUCGAAAAAUACCAGCAUUAAAUAAUAUUUUAAGGCGCUGCUUUAAAAACGAAAAUAACUAGUAGAAUUGAGAAAUUCUAGUUUCUUUGGAGAUAUCUUAAGCGUCCCAUGACAGCUGCAUUGCACUGAGAAGUUGUGGGCAGGAGUACGGACCUCUGGGAGACCAUCAUCGUCCAUUGUUGAACUCUGACCCACACGGCGGCGCAUUGUCUCCGGCCCAUUGUGCUAAUCAUCGCUAGUUGGGAGCACCGGGCGCAAGAGCCCUGGCCAACUAUUUAGCCAAGGUGACGAGGCGGGGACAGGCAACCACUUCAAGGCAGCUCAACCACACCAACGCCCACUGCGAAAGGAGGCGGCGGAUCGGGAGGAGGACCAGGAGCCGCAGUCGGAGCAGGAGCAGUAGGAGCAGAAGGAGCAGGGGCGGGCCGGUAGCCAUUCAACCCGAGUGCCACGCGAUACAAACAAGCCAAGGACAUGGACUCCCCGCUGCCAGCGUCGCUGUCGCUGUUUGUCCUGUUGAUCUUUCUGGCGAUAAUUAAAGAAAGCUGCCAAGGACCUCAUGAAAAACGCCUGCUGAACCACCUGCUGUCCACCUACAACACGCUGGAGCGACCCGUGGCCAACGAAUCGGAGCCCCUGGAGGUCAAAUUUGGACUGACGCUGCAGCAGAUCAUCGACGUGGACGAGAAGAAUCAGCUUCUCAUAACGAAUCUUUGGCUUUCGUUGGAGUGGAACGACUACAAUCUGCGCUGGAAUGAAACGGAGUACGGUGGGGUCAAGGAUCUCCGAAUCACGCCCAACAAGCUGUGGAAGCCCGACGUGCUCAUGUACAACAGCGCGGAUGAGGGAUUCGAUGGCACGUAUCACACCAACAUUGUGGUCAAACAUAACGGCAGUUGUCUGUACGUGCCCCCUGGUAUCUUCAAGAGCACAUGCAAGAUAGACAUCACGUGGUUCCCAUUUGAUGACCAACAUUGCGAAAUGAAAUUCGGUAGUUGGACUUACGAUGGAAAUCAGUUGGAUUUGGUUUUGAAUUCCGAAGAUGGAGGGGAUCUUUCCGAUUUCAUAACAAAUGGCGAGUGGUACUUGCUUGCCAUGCCGGGAAAGAAGAAUACGAUAGUCUACGCCUGCUGCCCAGAACCAUAUGUCGAUAUCACCUUUACUAUACAAAUACGUCGCCGUACAUUAUAUUAUUUUUUCAAUUUAAUCGUGCCAUGUGUGCUAAUCUCAUCGAUGGCCCUCCUGGGCUUCACAUUGCCGCCGGAUUCGGGCGAGAAACUGACGCUGGGAGUUACAAUUCUUCUAUCGCUCACAGUGUUUCUCAACCUUGUAGCUGAGACAUUGCCCCAAGUAUCUGAUGCAAUCCCCUUGUUAGGCACCUACUUCAAUUGCAUCAUGUUCAUGGUCGCAUCGUCGGUGGUGCUGACAGUAGUGGUGCUCAACUACCAUCACCGCACAGCGGACAUUCACGAGAUGCCACCGUGGAUCAAGUCCGUUUUCCUACAAUGGCUGCCCUGGAUCUUGCGAAUGGGUCGACCCGGCCGCAAGAUCACACGCAAAACAAUACUACUAAGCAAUCGCAUGAAGGAGCUGGAGCUGAAGGAGCGCUCCUCCAAGUCCCUGUUGGCCAAUGUCCUCGACAUCGACGACGACUUUCGGCACACAAUAUCGGGCUCCCAGACCGCCAUCGGAUCGUCGGCUAGCUUCGGUCGGCCCACAACGGUGGAGGAGCACCACACGGCCAUCGGCUGCAAUCACAAAGAUCUUCACCUAAUUCUCAAAGAAUUGCAAUUUAUUACGGCGCGCAUGCGCAAAGCUGACGACGAAGCGGAAUUGAUUGGCGAUUGGAAGUUCGCGGCAAUGGUUGUGGAUAGAUUUUGUUUAAUUGUUUUCACGCUCUUCACGAUUAUUGCAACGGUUACCGUGCUGCUCUCGGCUCCGCACAUAAUCGUGCAAUAAGGACGCUCGAAUUAGGCCAUUAAGAUACGGAUACGUCGGAAGCAUCGGCGGACGGGAGAUGCCUAGUUAAGUUCUUUUUCAAAAACCAAAAACUAGCAAAGCUGCUUCAAAACAAAGCAAACCAAAACAAACCGAAAAAAAACUACAAAAAAAUAAUAAAAAUAAAAAAUUGUUAAUUACAUUUUUAAGUAAAGAGAAAGAGCAAAAGAAAAUGUUGCAAGAAAAAAAAGAAAAAAGAAACCAGACAAAAUCAUGUACUAAAAAAUAUUUUAUGGACAAACCAAACAAAAAAGCAAAAAUUACUGCCGUACAAGAACCGAAAAAGUGUUAAGUAAGCUACACACACACACACAAAAUUAUAAGAGUUAAGCAAGCAGAAAGAAACAACAAUUGGUUAGGGAUAGCCAAUAAAAAGGACAACAAGGAAACAUCGCGGGACAGGACCCUCAAAGGUUACAUGUGUACACCCACUGACACAGACACACUCACAUGCAUCUAGGUAAUUGCAUGUACAAUAACAGAGUUAUAAGUUAAUUAAUAUGCUGAGUUGUUAUAAUUUAUGUAAGGUGAACAGACGGCAGACACACACACACACACAGAUACACCUAAGAUAUAUGAUAUAUGUAUAAGAUAUUGUUCCUAUGAGACAUUAGAUAUGUAUUUAAAAUGGCAACACGCUCACGUACAGAGACACACCGACACUGAAGCACUUAAUUGACAAAUGCAAAACAAGGGAAUGAAACCAUUUAUUCGUAGGAAAGGACGAAAACAGGAUAGGCACAUAAGGACAGUGGGUUGAGGGGUACAAGUUAUGGUCGGAUGACCCUUUGUUGUCUGCAUUUUUGAGCUCUAAUAUUUUCGCUUUCGGUUUUCAUUUCGGGAUCACGUGGACCAACACUAUUUUGUUUGAUUUCCUUCAUUCCAGUUUGCAAACAAAAUAUGAUCCCAGUGAAACAAAACCCUUGCGAAAUCCCAUUUGAGUGCAUACUCACAUUGAUUUUACUUGUCAUUUAACUUGUUCAUCUUUUGGAACGCUUUUGGAGAGAUAUUUGCAAGAUAGCUGAUUGUAAAUGGUAACAAACUGACACAUAAUAAUGGAUAUUAACAAAGGUCUAUAUAUACAUACAUAUACUCAUAGUGAAUUGAAUUAAUUUUUAAAAGACGCAUUCACGAACUCGGAAAGGGGAGGCAUGUUCGUUGAACAUCAUGUUUUUAGAAAAUUUAUUGUUGAAAUAUUGUAGCGAAUUGAGUAAGCAUUAAGGGCGAAAGAAACCGAGUUAUAGUCACCAAUUAAUUAGUCAAAGUAAUAAUAAACGGAAAUUGAAAACCAGAGAUCCCAAAACCGAACUAGCAAUACAAGAUCAACAGGUGUAUAUAUAUUUUAUGACACAUAUAUCACCGCAUAUAUACAUACACAUAUAUAUGGAUAUAUUUUUAAUAAAACAGUACGGAAUCGAGCAAAACUAAAGACACUAAGCAAAAGAAGCUAAGCAGCGCAAGAACAGAAACCCACUAUCAAAUAAUAAAAGCAAAAACCAACCAACCGAACCUAACCAAUGCCACUCGAAAUCACAUGAAUAAAUCACAAUUUUGUUGGAAAUUUCGCAUAGUUUUCGGAUGAGUUCUCCCUGUCUAUGUCUAUGUACUUACCUACACCCCUGAGUAUUCCUAAAAACGAGCUUCGAAUUUUGUCUACUUUACUCUGCUCUCCCCAAAAAAGCAUAAAGCAAAACAGUGAUAUUUACGGUAUAGCCCCCAAAAAAGACGAACUCAAACACUCUUUCCGGAACCCACCUAAGAAACCUUGAAACGAGAAUGUUUUCUACACAAAAACCAAAAUCAAUGAAAAACCUACCUCCUUGUCGAAUGAGAAUGUUAAUGAUCGAAGGACGAAAAAGCAUAGAAACACUGCCGAGUUAAUCGCACUCCUCUGUCCUCUGUCCCCUCAUAAAUAAAGAACCCAUUUUCUUAUUUUCGUCCUGCAAAAAGAAUUUCUAACAGAAUUGUGUGACAAGCCAACACUUUUGAUAGCCAGACAUAAAGUUUACUUAACGGAUAAACCAGAUCGGCCCUAUACAUAGCUACUAUUGCCCGAUGUCAAAAUUUCAGAUUGUCAGAUUGUCAGAAGCAAACCAAUCGAGUGCUGAAUCAACUGAAGGAACUGCAGAUCAGAUCUAAGCGUUUAAUGUGUAUACACUCACUUUGUAUGGUUUAUUUGCAUUUAGGUACAUUUAAAUUUAGAUUUGAUAUGAGACGACUUUUACUUGCGCCCAGAGCGAUGGGUAAUCCUACCGAAAACUGCUCUGUCCCCAUGAGGUUGUUGUUUUUCGAGGUGCGAAUUCCAGUUGAAAUUGAGAUCUUGAGUUGAAAUAGAGGGAAUCACAAUCAGAAUAAGAUGUGGAUGUGAAGAGAUAGAGUUGCGGAGGGUGUGUGCAUUUUAAAUUUAAUUUUUUUUAUAAUUAAUUUAGUGCUAAUCUUUGAGCAGCUAGGCGCAUAAUUAGAACUACGUAUAUGUGUAUGGAUGUCUUUUUGAUAAAAAGAAGCUGUUUUAAGAAGCAAACCAUUUUCUACACUCUUUAAAAGAUUGAACUCUACAUGUACGAGAUUAUGUAUAAUACAAGUAAUAAUAAUUUAGCGUUAACUAGGCAAUUAUAAAAUGCGGUGACCUGCAAAAGGAGCCAUAAACUAAGCGUCCUACAUUAGGAGAGGUCGACCUUCGACCCAAGCGAUUACCAGAGAUAAAGUUAAUGAAAUGGUGCAGUUGCGAGGGAAGGCGAAUACUAAAACGAUAAACGAAUUUAAAAUUGAUAAAGAACAUGAAAUUACCACGAAACCAAACUUGUAGUGAGCCAAGCGCUUUUUCAUUUGAAAACUCUACUACUCACUUACGACUUACCUACUUUGCAAGUAUUAACUAAUUUCCUCUGAUCAGAGUUACACGCAAUCGCGAAAUGCAAAAAGCUAAUUACAAAACGGUUGGUACACGCCCAAACAACACACACAGUCAGUCAGACAUGAAAGAUGACAAAUGAAAAAUGAAAGCAUUCGAAUUGUUCGUAUUACAAACAAAAAAUAAAGAAAUCAGCAAGCCGAAGAGUUCGAAUUUCGUUUCAAUUGCACUCCGCAUGUUCUCAAACCCCCCAGGGCAAUUAAACAGAGUUCAACAAUAAAUAGCGCAUUAAAGACCGAUUCGAGACACUUUUUUAAACAAAGCGAAUAUAUUUAAAAUUAGCAUUUAACUAAAUGACAAAAACGUAGUCUAUAAACUGCGAAUGUUUAGCACUAAACUGACCCGAGCAGAAAUCUGCCAGCCAACCCGAAUCCAAAUCCAAGCCUCCACCUGUGUCCCAAGUCUAACUACCACAUCAAUUUAAAUAGCUAAUUGCAUAAUUAUUAAACCGUUACUGAAUUUCUGUCGAUUGCCAAUCGCGAAAAAGAAAACCAUAAAAUCUUCCCGAAAAUUAUGCAUGUAAAAAUGGAAAUGGCUAAGAAAAAACCAAAAAAUUAGCAAGAAGUCUGUUGUCAAUAAGAAUUAUUGGCAGACAAAUAACUUUCGUCACAUUGACGAUAAUAACUAAUUUUAAGCGAAAAACAAAGGAAUUAAUUGAUUUAAAUAAUAAACAAAUUAAUAUUAAAAAUCGAGAGACAUGAUUGCAACAAAAACACAAAAACUGAAUAAAUAUUUAUUUUGAAAAGAGAAUGGAAACAAC